AUGACACAUUCAAAACCCCCAGACCGAACCCAACGAACCAAAGCACCCCAGAAAGCCUCCGAAGCGGACGAGUCGACGAGAACUAAGAAACCCGAGGCCUUCCCCGCGGCGGCCCUCGAGCCGGCCAGCGCCGUGGGGAAACGAGGGAAGGCAGCCGGGCCGGGCCCACAGCCCGAGGCCUGCGCCGCCCCGGGCCGCAGGCGCCGCGCCGCGGGGCGAGGGGCGGGAGCUCCCCGCUGUUCCUGCGCCUGCACUCGCCUCGGCGGCGCCGGUGAAUCUAAUUCUAUUUGUGAUGUGACUUCUUUUCUUCAAACUGUUUUUCAGAGUAUUCCAUUCUUCAUUGCUUUUAUUGGGCUGGAGUUUGCUGUCAGCUGGGUUCAGAAGCGUAAGCUGUCAGGUCGGAUUAAUGAUGGCAUAAGUUCUCUUUCCUUAGGCAUCCUGUCUCGACUGCCAGAUGUUUUAUUCAGAAGUGUUGACUUAAUUAGUUAUAUCUACAUAUGGAACAACUACAGACUCUUCGAACUGCCCUGGGACUCACCAUGGACGUGGUAUUUGACACUCCUGGGAGUGGACUUUGCAUACUACUGCUUUCACCGCAUAAGCCAUGAGGUUAAUAUACUGUGGGCAGCGCACCAAGUACAUCAUAGUUCUGAAGAUUACAACUUAUUCACAGCCUUGAGACAAUCUGUAUUGCAGAAAUACACCUCCUGGAUUUUCAACUUGCCCAUGGCUCUUUUCAUUCCACCUUCAGUGUUUACUGUUCAUCUACAGUUUAAUCUACUUUACCAGUUUUGGAUACAUACAGAGGUUAUCACCAACCUUGGGCCUCUGGAGUGGAUUCUUAAUACUCCCAGUCAUCACAGAGUUCAUCAUGGUAGAAAUCCUUACUGCAUUGACAAAAAUUAUGGCGGCACACUCAUUAUCUGGGACAGGAUAUUUGGAACAUUUGAGGCAGAAGAUGCAAAAGUUGUAUAUGGCUUAACACAUCCAGUAAAUUCAUUUGAUCCCAUCAUGCUCCAGCUACGUCCCUUGGCUCAUAUUUGGAACACGUUUUGGGCCACACCUGGAUUCUGCAAUAAGCUUUCUGUCAUAUUCAAAGGGCCAGGCUGGGGACCAGGCAAACCUAGACUUGGCCUUCCUGAGGAAAUCCCAGUGAUCACUGGAAAAGAAGUUCCCUUCAAUCCAAGUAUACCAGCUUAUCUUAAUUGCUAUGCAGUUGUACAUUUUGCUGUAAUACUGGACUUGUAUACUGAACUUCUUGGUACCGUGACUAUGUUAUCACAGGGAACUGUUCUCCUGAGAAUUGGCUUUAUCAUUCUGUCCUUGACCUCUUUCGGACUGCUUAUGGAGAACAGGCCCAAAGCAGGAAUUUUGGAAAUCAUCCGCUGCUUAGUCUUCGUAGGUGUGUACAAACAUGGUUACUUAAGGAGUCAGUUUUCUUCCUUGGGCUAUGCAUAUGAGGUCUUGUUUUCCCUCUGCGCUGCAUUCUGGGGAAUCCAAAUUAUGAAGCGGAUCACUUCAUCCAAAGAUAAACAUCACUGAAAGAGCAGUUCUAACAUCACUAAUUAUGGAAGCAGCACUUUGGAAUAACCUUCUAAGUUCCUUGGAAUUAAUCAGCCAUGAAUCUUACUGAAUCGCAAUCAUUUUACUUAUGAUAGGAGAGGUUUGUGAUUUCAUAUGAAAAUUUGAAAGAUUCAUUAGGACAUGUAUUCAUUUUUAUUUGAUUUUUAAAAAAAUAUUUAAUUUCCUUCCAAUUUAAAUAAAAUGUUUGUUCACAACAUAUAUUUUUACAUUCAAAGGAUUACAAAGUCUUAGAAACCAUGUAAAACAAAUUGCAUUUUUGCAGUGAUUUUGGUAGCAAUCAUAGGUGAAAAGUAUUUUUCACAAGAGGAAUAAUUAAAAUCAUAUUUGUUGUAACCUGGUAUAAAGUGACUGACUGUCUUCCUAUUGAGGCUAAACAUAAACAUAUGUGAAUGUCAGUUUUUCCAUAAUGAUUGCAUUACACUAGAAUCUCAAUGUCAUGCCCAAUUCGGUGUUCAUAACAUACAGCUACAUGAGGAUGAGUAGUGGAGGCAAGAAAAUUAUUAAAAACAGCAUGAUAAAAUAAC